UUCAGAGCUCCGAACAAGUGCAGGUGGCUACUGAAAAUUGAAACAGUUUAGCCAGUGCCGUGUAGCGGUGAAACGUGUUUUCUUUAGUCUGUCCGUGUUUUUUCAUAGAUUUUAUUAGUUUGUGUGUUUUUGACUUUUGAAUACUCAGUUUACUUGUUGAUUUAAUUGUUGUGUUGAUUGUUCUUGUGUGUCCUAAAUAUGGCUCUUUGGAGACCUUGGGAAAAUGCUCCAAGCCACGAGGAGAUGGUUGAUGAACCUGUGCAGGCAGAAUUCUUUCAUAAAGAUUUAGAGGAACAGACCCAAAGAGUAAUCCUAAAUAUGUAUGAUUGUCUGAAAAACGAAAAUCCAGAUUCCUCGCAAAAUCAAAUUUUAAACAGAAUUUGUAUCCUGACAAAAAUCAGUCGGUCUACCAUUUAUCGGGCUAUAAAAAGGGGAGAUGUAGUCAACCAUUCCUUCCACAGAAAGCGCAUAGGGCAAAAAUUAAAAAGAAUAGACGUGGGUUUUCAGGAAGAUAUUCGUCGUAUAAUAUACGGAUUUUAUAAAGAAAAUUUGGUACUCACGUUGGAAAUGAUACGGGAUAAAUUAAAAGAUUAUCCUGAAGAUUUUUAUAAUUACAAAUGCUUAGACUCGCUGCACUGUAUUGUAAAACUGUGUGGUUUUCAAUACAAAAAAUUAGAUAAAAGAAUGGUGAUUAUGGAGUCGUCUCGAAUCGUUGAAUUGCGCCAAGAAUUUUUGCACAAAGUUAAAAUCUAUAGAGAGCAGAAAAGAAAUCUGAUUUACCUGGAUGAAACGUGGUAUGAUACCCAUGAUUUUGUGCAGUACGGCUGGGUUGACGACAGCAACAAGUGCAUUUUAAAUGCACCAUGCAACCGUGGAAAACGAAUCAUUAUUCUCCAUGCUGGCAGUGAAAAUGGAUUUAUACCUAAUGCCUUGCUGUUAUCUGCCAAAAAUAUCAAAGAAUCAUGUGCCGACUAUCAUGAGGACAUGACCUCCGACUUAUUUGAAAAGUGGAUAGAGCAGCAGUUAAUACCAAACAUUUCCCCAAAUUCAGUGAUUAUUAUAGACAAUGGGCCAUACCAUUCCCGACAGAAAAACAAAAUUCCGAAUACAGGCACAAAAAAACAAGACUUUAUUGAUUUUAUGAAGGAUAAGGGAAUGGAAAUACCACAAAAAUCAACCAAAGCCAUAUUAUUGGAUCUUAUUAAAAGACAAAAAUUUGAAAAAGAGUAUGUUGUUGACAAUCUGCUUCAGCAAAAUGGCCAUGAAGUAUUACGUCUACCUCCCUAUUACUGCAUUUUUAACCCGAUUGAGUUGGUCUGGGCUGCUUUAAAAAAAAGUAAGAAAACAUAAUCAGACCCCUCAAUUAAGUGAAUCGCUAUUGGCCACAAUAAGAGAUGCAGUAUCUCAUAUUGCUGCCACAGACCUAUGGAAGCAGUGUUCUAGGCAUAUUAUUGAAAAAGAAAAUGAAUAUUGUGUUUUGCCUCCUGUAAAUCCCGUUGUAAUUCCUCUACAAGAUGACUCUAGCGACAGCUCCGAAGGCGAGGAUGAUAUAUAAAUACCUAUAAUGUAAGUCUUUAUAUACCUUUUUAUAUACCUACCUGCUAUGUAAAUAUUUGCCUAUGUCAAACGCUGGAAUUCUGUAAUUUUUCCAUUUCUUAAAUUUCAGUCAACAUAAAUUAAACUCCCAAUAUAAGUAUUUUUUAUCCCAAAUCAAAAAAAUAAGAAGAUAGUAAAAUCCAUUUAUUGUGAUAUAAAAACAUUAUUAUUAUCGUUCUAAAUAAAUGACCGCACGCCUAUGAUACGUCAUGAAAUUACAAAGGACGCGCCGACCAAAGGUUUUUAUGCUAUUUCAAGUGACUUCAGAUAAAGUAUACCUCGACAUCAGCGACAUCAGCCUUUGACAUUGGAAGAUUUCAGAAAACAAUAAUAAAUUCAUCUGACUAUAAAAGAAAUACAUACUCCGGAAUGACAAACCGGAUUGUUGUUGGGAUGUAAACAAAUCGCCGAGGCGAAAAUUUCGAGAUUGAAUUGAUUUCUUGACGGUGGAAGAUCUAGCAUGGGAUGGAAGCAACCGAGUUAUUUAUGAAAAUAUGUGGAGAUGAAUACUAAAAUUAUUACUCAUGGUGAACCAGGGAAAUUACUAGGCAACACAAGAAGAAAUUGUCCAUAUCAGGUUCCCAAAUUGUUCAGUGACAUGGAACAUGCUGACUACUAUAUACAGGCAGCCAAACGACUACCGAAGAAAAACAACGGAUACAAAUUAAAAAUUAUAGUUAUUCCGUGGUAUUCAUGUGUUAUGUUUGUUAUUUCAAUUAUACAUGAUAAUAG